GCCGCCUGCUCACCUGGUCAGAAUCCGCAGCAAACAUGACCUUCUUUGACGGCAUCUACCCCUUCUACCCGCAGUCCAAGAAGCCCUUUGUCUUCGAUGUGGACCUCAUCAUUGUCAUCAUUGUCUUUCUGGUCAUCGCCUUCAGCUUCUUGCUUAUCCUGCCUGGAAUUCGAGGCAGAGCGAGGCUGUAUUGGCUUAUUCGGGUCAUCUCAAGCCUCUUUAUUGGAGGAGUGAUUGUUGCUGUUCACUUCUCCUCUGACUGGGAGACCGGGAAAGUGGCAGCCAAUACCACCUACAAAUCCUUCAGCUCCGCCAUGGUCCAUGCGGACAUUGGGCUACAUGUUGGCUUGUCGGGAGUCAACAUCACCCUGGUUGGGAAACCCGUGGAACAGCUCAACGAAACCAUCAAUUAUAACGAAGAGUUCUCGUGGUGGUUCGGGACCAACUACGACAAACAGUUUGAAGAGGGGCUGCAACGGGGGUUGCCCAGCCCCAUCCUGUACGUGGCUGAGAAGUUCACCGACCACAGCCCCUGUGGCUUGAACAACGUCUACCGUAUAGCGGGUCACUACGCAUCUGCAACCCUCUGGGUGGCCUUCUGUGCAUGGCUCAUCUCCAACAUACUCUUCUCCAUGCCGGUCCCAGUUUAUGGCGGCUUCAUGCUCCUCGUCACGGGAGCCUUCCUCAUCUUCGCCCUCCUGUCCUUCUCCACGGGGAGGAACGCCUGGUGUGCCAUCCAGUUUGGCUUGGCAUCCCUGAAGCUUGCCUAUGGGGCAUCCUUCUGGCUCACUCUGGCCACCGGCCUCUUCUGCUUCCUUGUUGGCUUCGUAGUGAUUGCCCUGCACUUUAUCCAGCCCGACCUUCUGAAAGCGUUCUUUGACCUGGCUGAAGAUGAAGAGGACGAUGAAGGCAUCCUGGGCGAGGUGUACGUCAACCCCUACUUCCACCAGACCCAGACGCUUUCUUCUCAGCCCGAUUUCAAACUGACCAUCAAGAACAGCUAAAGCCACGCUUGACCCUGGGACUUGCUUGAAAGGGGUCUUUCAAGAGGGACAUGGACGCUGUGAUGUCCUGGCCAUGCCGCUGAGAGCUAACGAUGCACUCUGGUGAACUGACACCAAACGUGGCCUCUUGGGGCCAUCCAUCGUAGGCUUUGGUAGGUCAACCUCAUGGACACAUUAUUUGGGUCCGAAGAAGAAUCACAAAGGAUCUGUUGCCGAUGCCAGCCACCCCAGGAAAGGAGUGGUGCCAGUAAGAGAGAUGGUCCUAACGUUAGCAGGAGGGGAGUACGCACAGCAGACCCCAUUGGGGGGUAGGGGUGGUACUCAAUGUGCUAGGGUACCUCUUGGCUGUCACUCAAGGCCUUUCCUAUCAUUAGAUAGAGGGAGGCAAAUGCUUUGAGUGGCAGAUAGCGAAAGGGGAAGGAAAAUAUAGAUGUCAUGUAUGAUGUGCCCCUUGGCUUGGGACACUCAGAAGCUCUGGAAGAUGCUGUCCUGUCCCAACAAACUCUGAUCCAACUUACCAAGGAACGUCUGUAGCUAGAGGACACAUCCUUGGUAUCAAGCAGCCAGCUAGUUCUGGGCUGCUUCUGUUGGAUGGAAAUCCUUCUUCAUGUUAUGGGCCCAACUGAGUAUUUAUUUGACUUUUAGGCACUGCCUGACUCCGGCUGACUCUGAGAGGCUUUGGAGCAUACACAACCAACACAUCAAUAAGCAAUAAUAAUAAUAAAAAGCACUCCGCUUUGUUGUUCUACAAGCACACAACAAGGCUCCCCAAAUUACAGGACACAGGGAAGCUGGAGUCCCGCAAAGAGGGAGCAAAAAUGUUUAAUGGAAGGUAGCUAUUUUAUCUCGCCAAAGUGGUCUCCAGUCAAAAAAAUUUGUCAAUCGGCUUCAUGUUGUUUGAAGGCACCAUAGAUGUAGAAAAGAAACAGGCUGUAGCUUGAUCUCAUGCCUAACAAAACCAAACCAACACCCCAAAAACCCAACAACCCCAGUCAUGCCUGUCUGCACCUGGUGGCUCGGGGGCUAAGACACUGAGCUUGUCGAUCGAAAAGGUCGGCAGUUCAGCGGUUCGAAUCCCUAGUGCCGCGUAAUGGGGUGAGCUCCCGUGACUUGUCCCAGCUUCUGCCAACCUAGCAGUUCGAAAGCACAUAAAAAAAAAUGCAAGUAGAAAAAAUAGGGACCACCUUUGGUGGGACGGGAACAGCGUUCCGUGCGCUUUUGGCAUUGAGUCAUGCCGGCCACAUGACUGGCCUGAUUUUUUUAAAUGCUAAAUUUUUUAAAUUCUUAAAUUUUAAAUUUUAAUUGUAUUUUAUUGGGUAUUUUAUAUGGUCAAUUGGACAGUUUUAAUUUCGGCCUUUUUGGAAUAAGUUUUUUAAUUGUUAUUUUAGUGUGUAUAUAAAUUGUUUUAAUGCAGGCUGUACUCCGCCCUGAGUCCUUCAGGAGAAGGGCAGUAUAAAAGUUUAAAUAAAUAAAUAAAUAAAUAAAAUAAAUAAAUAAAUGUCCAUGGAGACGUCUUUGGACAGCGCUGGCUCUUCGGUUUUGAAACAGAGAUGAGCACUGCCCCCUAGAGUUGGGAAUGACUAGCACGCGUGUGCAAGGGGAACCUUUACCUUUACCUUAUCUGGCUUAGCAGAUGGAGCGGAGGCAACAUACAUGUUGGAGGGGAAUCCUCUCCUCUUCCUUAGGGGCUAAGCAUUCUAGCCACAAAUAGAAGAUCUGGAGUUGAGGGCUGGGCUAAAUAUUCAUCGUGAAGCAUUAACAACAUGUACCUUUGGAGGAAUACCUGUUGUGUCUUGCCCGCUCUCACCACAGCCGGGGUCUUCUUAUCUGCUUCCGAACGCUGAAGAAUGUCCUAGUAUGCCUCCUGGCCCCAGCCCUGGCUCCAUGCCCAGACAGGCUGAGGAGGAGGGAGCACCUCCCGGCCCCAGCCCUGGCUCCAUGCCCAGGCAAACGGAGCAACUAGACCCCUCCCCCUCCCCCACAGCAUGUGAGCCUGAGGGAGGUUUAUUACCAACAGCUGCCGGCUGGAGUGACCCUCGCUUCAGAAGAAUUGAUAGGCGGCGGCGUCAGAAGGAAGGGAGGGGCAGGCCUGGAUAAGUGCUGAGUCAUGGAGCCACACCCCAUGGCCUAUAUAAAGGAUCUGCUUUCUGGCAUUCUCUGAGUCAGGCAAAGUCUAACAUAUCUUGCUGAAGUCACUUUCUGGUCUCCUGCCUGCCUGCCUUGAGGACUUUGCUAGGACUUUGGCAGAGCUGCAGAGGCACACCUGAUUCGGAUUUCCCUGACCUGGCCGUCAGCGGAGGAGUGGGACACGACAAUACCACGCUUGACCAUGGUCCCUGUUUUGUUUUGUUAAAAGUCCUUAUAGGCGCCUCCAAGCAGAGUGGCUUGGCUCCCAGUCAGAAGUAGGCUUCUCAAGCUACUCAUGGGGGUAACUACAUACCUCCC